CCCUGCUCUCUCUAUCCUCCAGAGGCUGACUUAUUCGCAAGUCUUGGCAUCAUAGGCUGGCCGCUGUCUGCACGACUUGUUUCAAACCUUGAAUUCUCAAGGAACAAGUCUAAUAUUGAAAUACUAAUUAUAAUAACAAUAAUAAUUAAUAAUAUGCAAAAUCCCUCAAAUAUCUUGAGCUUAAACUUGUCAUGGCUCAUGACUUGGAUGCUAGCUUGUUCGAAACCCGGAUGAUUUCUCUCCUCUUCUGCUAGUCCUGCGUAUUAUUGUCUUAUUUUGAGGACAUGAGCAGCAGUGUAUACUACAUACCAUUUAUCUACCAUUACCUACCAUAACCAGUUAUGCCUGUGACUCAAGAAUCCGAUCUGCCAUACGAUUCGCCUUAUAGAAUUAGUAAACGCUUACGCGCUCUUUGCCAGCCAUCCAAGACCGUCUCAUCCGCUCUAGCUGAAGAUCCCUCCUUGGCUCCUAGUGAAGCAUGGAGGAAGCUCUUCGCUCACCAUGAGUGUGAACGCCAUUCCAAAGGGGAAUUCCGCGAAAUCGGGAAGGAUUCUCUCCAUCCUAAUGAUCUCGAGAGGGCCAAAGACUGCGGGAGAUGGGGUCCGCAAGAACCCAGUGAUUUAUUCCUCCGAAUUUAUCAUGAUGCGCUGUGUACAUUGGAAGAUGACCUCGCUUGCGGCAUGGUGAGCCCUUCGCUGAUGGGUACUAGCGGAACCAUGCCCCUAACCAUCAUGUCCGUCAUCCCUGACAUCGUGAGACACAUGUCCAACCUCAUCGUUCGGGCCGAAAAGGAGGUGUUUCUUGCAACCAACUUCUGGCAGAACGGGGUCGCCUCUAAAUACAUCACAAAUGCGAUAAGAGAACUGUCACGCCGCGCUGGUGAACGAGGGGUCAAGAUCGUGAUAAAGAUCAUAUAUGAUCGAGGAAGUCCGAAGCAGUUGUUCGAGCCUCACUGCCAGGUCCCCGAGACCGAGUAUACAGGCGCGGCGGUCGGUCUGCCGUCUUCGCACGACAUUCCAAAUGUGGAUCUGCAAGUCAUAAACUACCAUCGCGCGCUGCUAGGAACGUUCCAUGCCAAAUACAUGAUCGUGGACCGCAGUAUAGCCGUCUUGCAAAGCAAUAACAUCCAGGACAAUGACAACCUCGAGAUGAUGGUGCAACUGGAGGGCCCGGUCGUGGAUUCCAUGUAUGACAUGGCGCUCCUGAGCUGGCACAAACAAUUUGAGCCACCACUGCCAAAACUUGAUUCACCUGCGGCUGGGAAUGUGAGCGGAAGCGUAAGUUUCGAUGAGAGCCAUGCUAGCAUAUUUAGUCCAGAAGGAGCCAUCAAUGGUUACACUGCGAUAGUCGACGGCAAUAAGAUACCGAAAGGAAGGGCCUACGGUCUGGAAGCCCUUUGGGGGGGUCAACUAAAAAGGUGGUCAAGUCAAGAUAGCAAAUCAAAUGCGUCAGACAUUGGAAGUUCUGGUAAUUCAAAGCCCCCGGUUAGCAAUGAUAUAGUUACCAAUGGAAAUGGAAAUGGAAACGGAAAUGAGGAUGAUCAUUCAGAACGCGAUCUCGAAACCAUGACACACACUCUUCCGGAACAUACUACAGAGGACCCUCACUACGAUGACACGCUUGCAGGAGAAGUUCAACGCGUCCAAGCAUCUCUCAUCCCCAAACCAGGCGAAACCAGUGUGCAAGCCGUGUCACGGCACCUCAACCACACCGUCAACAAAGGCUUCGAGGGUAACGCACCCCCAUGUGAUCCACGAGACGAGAUGACACCGUACGUUCCGCACCCAGCACACGAACCCUUCCCCAUGGCGCUUGUCUGCCGAGCACCAUACGGCACCCCUAAUCACGCUUCCGUGGCGAACCCACAGAAUGCCGCUUGGCUGUCAGCGAUGCGAAAUGCGCGCGAGAGUGUCUUCAUACAAACCCCGACUCUCAACGCAGAGCCUCUGAUCCCAGCUAUACUCGAGGCAUGCGAACGAGGCGUUGACGUGUAUUGUUAUGUGUGUCUUGGGUAUAACGACUCGGGCGAAAUGCUUCCCUUCCAAGGCGGCCACAACGAAGCCAUCGCAUCGCACCUCCACGCCUCCUUAACCAAGCCCGCGCGCCCUCACCUGCACUGGCACUGGUACACCUCCAAGGACCAGUCCGAGCCGCUCCCGGCCAUCAAGAAGCUCCGCAGCUGUCACAUCAAGCUUCUAGUCGCCGAUGCCCGCGUCGCCGUCGUCGGCAACGGGAACCAGGACACCCAGAGUUGGUUCCACAGCCAAGAGGCCAACGUCCUCCUUGACCUGCCCCCCGCCGUCUGCCGCGCCUGGGUCGACGCCCUCCUCCGCCGCAACCAGAACACCCAAUCCUACGGUGCCGUCGGCCCCGACGACGGUGUAUGGAGGGACGCCCUGGGCGAGGAGGUACAGGGCGCCACUGGUGUUGACCCCGGUCACUUCGGUUGGGCGAAGGGCUUUCUGGGCGCUGUGAAGAGGGUUCAGGGUACUGGGGGGUUCUGAGGUCGUGUGGCGUAUUGUGUUAUUGGGGAGAAGAGGGAGAGAGAGAGGGAGGGAAGGAAAGGAGAGAGGGAGAGGAUGGGCUAUUAUAUACAGAUGCGGUUGUGGAUGGAUGGAUGGAUUUGUUGUGGCUUAUGUAUCCUCAUCUAUCUACCUUACCUACCUGCCUACCUGAGUACCUGAGUACCUGAGUACCUAAUUUGCCAUUCUCCAUCCACCACCUAUUUAACCUAGGAGAUGGUAGGCCACAUAGGUACAUACAUAAUAUAUCGUGUAACUCACAUGCUUACAUACCUA